CCCGUUCUCCUUGGCGCUCGCGAUGGCCGACUCCACCCCGCCCAGGAUGGCCAAACCGUCGCAAACGUACGUCGCGCGGCUCAAGAGCAAACUAGGCCGGUCGGGCUCCAGGGUGCGCCACGGCCACUCGCAGGUGCCGCUCACAGACAUCGAGUCUGGGGAGGGCGCGGCUGGCGUCGCUCCUCGGGCCGCGGCGCCCGCGGGUGGCGACGCAGAGACGGGCUGGGACUCGAUCCAGCCCGACCCGAACCCUCCGUUUGUGAGUCUGAGCUCCACGGUGCGGCUGCUCGGCUGCCCCGGGGCGAUGGAGUGCGGCCAGCUGUGCACGCGGCUGCCAAUCUUCUGCCUGUUCGGCAUCUUCAUCGCGCCGGCCGUCUACUUCCUCGGCCUCGCCGCAGUCCUCGUCCUGCUGCUGCUGGUGCUCUGCCUCGGCUGCCCCUGCGGCAUCGCCCUGGCGUGGCUCUUCCCGCGCUGCUGGCCCGGCUUCAAGCCGCCGAGCGAGGUUGCGUGGAAGGCGGCCAAGGCGCUGCAGACGCUGCGCGUCGUCACAUACACGAACCCGAAGCCAGCGGAGUGGAACGCCGAGCAGCUUGCCGACAAGCGGCAGCUGAAGACGGCGCUGCUGCGCUACGCAAUCGCGAUCCGGGUGCCGGUGUCGGCCGAGCAGGAGUCGCUCGAGGGUUCGGGCGGCCCCCCCGCGACGGACGGCGAGGACGGCGGCUUCGUGUCGGCGGCGGGGCGUCUGUUCCAGCUGCUGCCCACGAACGCGAUCGACACGCAGGAGCCGUUUGCCGCGGGGGAGGACCCGGUCGCGUACGUGAUGGACAGCCUGCGGUGGAUCUACCCUCCGAUCGACAUGGUCUGGCCCGAGAAGACGACAGACCUCGCCCUCACCUGGUUCUGCGUCAACGGGCUCGGCGCGCACCGGAUCGUGGCGGUGCCGGCGCGCGGCGAGCGGAGCGGGCCGGACUUGCUAGCGUCGUGCGUGCCGUGCGGCCGGAUGGCGCGUGCAGUCAAGCAUUGA